UGUGUCUGAAGAGAGUAUUUAAGACCACCCUUGGCUUCUACCCCACACAGUUCUCUUUGACUCUAUCUAAUCUCUCUAGCUGCACUUGUUAAAGCUCCUCUUCCUCACCUUCAUCACAGCACCAGUGUCUUCUUCACCAAAGAGGAAACCGACGAUGUCCGGCAUCAUGAAAGUGUUUCUACUCCUGGCUGUCAUGGUCUGCAUGGCUAAAGCCCAACUCAGUCAUACAUCAGGAAAGCAGUGUCUGUGUCAACGUGUCAGGAACGGAAUUAGAUCGAGGAAUACCGUAAAGGAGGUCCAGGUCUACCCAGCAACCAUCUUCUGUGACAAAGUGGAGAUUGUCGUCACCCUCAACAGCGGCCUUCGCUAUUGCCUUAACCCCAAUUUGAAGGCAGUGCAAAAACUCAUGGCUUUCAUCAUUAAACGACAAUCCUCGUCUACAACCAGACCAACGGAGCUCAUGUCCACCACCAACACAGCUCGCAUCUGAUGCGUUAUCUCCUCCGAUCAAGAAGCAGAGCAGAUGACCUCUGAACCCCCAAAACAAAGGCACCUUAAAUGAAUGCAGAUUUUAAAUGGAAUAAAUGUUUUUCUCUAUUUAUCUUCUAUUUAUACUGAUGUGCACUUGCAGUAUAAUCUCUGUUCUAUUUUAUUUUUAAGUUAUCUGUUUUUGUAAAUAGAUGUAUG